AUGAAAAUGCUACCUUCCAGAUUUUGGUUCCUGAUUUUGUUUCAAGCUUUCUUCCAGUUAAGCUGUAAGUUACGUUUUUUUUUAUUCAUUUCUUUGUUCUUUUCGUUAUUUUUAUCUUUAUUUUUUAAGUCAUUCUUUUCUUUUUUCCUUUCUUUUUUUCUUCAUUCUUUCCUUCUUUUCUUUCUUUCCUUCUUUUCUUUCUUUCUUUUGUUCUUUUCUUCAUUCUUUCUUUCAUUCUUUUCUUUUUUCCUUUAUUAUUUUCUUCAUUCUUUCCUUCUUUUCUUUCUUUCCUUUGUUCUUUUUUCUUCAUUCUUUCUUUCAUUCUUUUUUUUUUCCUUUAUUAUUUUCUUCAUUCUUUCCUUCUUUUCUUUCUUUCCUUUGUUCUUUUCUUCAUUCUUUCUUUCAUUCUUUUCUUUUUUCCUUUAUUAUUUUCUUCAUUCUUUCCUUCUUUUCUUUCUUUCCUUUGUUCUUUUCUUCAUUCUUUCUUUCAUUCUUUUCUUUUUUCCUUUAUUAUUUUUUUCAUUCUUUCCUUCUUUUCUUUCUUUCCUUUGUUCUUUUCUUCAUUCUUUCCUUCAUUCUUUUCAUUUUUUCCUGUUCUUUUCUUCAUUUUAUUCUUUCUUUUCUUCAUUCUUUUCUUUAUUCUAUUCUUUCUUUCCUUUAUUCUUUCCUUCAUUCUUUUCUUUCAUUCUUUUGUUCUUUCCUUCAUUAAUUUCUAUUUUUACAUUCAUUCUUCUCUAUUCUUUUCCUCAUUCUUUUGUUUGUUCAUUUUAUUCUUUACCGUAUUCUUUUCGCUUUUUUUCUUUCUUCAAUUUUUCCAUUCUUCUAUUUUUUCUAUUCUUCAUUCUUUUUUAUAUUGCAUGCACCAAAACAUCUAUCCUGGAAAUCAAAAACAUCACUAAAACUCAUAAUGGCACGAGUAUAACAUGUAUCACAGAUCAAAAUGAAGAGGAAUUUCAGCUCAAAGUUUCUGAUCAAACACCAUAUCUCAUUAUGAGUCUAUCUAAAACAGAAAUCUAUAAUGGCCAGAAUGUUGACGUAAGAUGUCAUUGGAACUUGAAGAAUCAAGAAAUGAAAGUGAAACUAAUGUGCGGUGAGAAAAAUAUUUCUCGACAAGGAUCAGUUUUUCUUAAUUUAAAUAUGACAAAGGAAUGGAACAAAAAAUACUGCCUGUGUGAAGGGUUUCAUUAUGGCAAUCGUAUUGUCACAUAUGCGCCAAUAAAUGUCUACUAUGCUCCCCAAAUUUCUGUCAAUAAUUUAACAGUUGUGGCUGGUAUGAUGGCUGUGAUGAAUUGCUCCGUCACUGAUGGAAACCCUGAAAAUUUUUCUUAUAUUGAAUGGCAUCAUAUCUUCAAAAACGUUUUAUUGGAAAAACGACAACCAAGCAAUGAAGAUGGAUCCCUGGUAAUACCAAACGUUACAUGGCAAGAUGCAGGCAUCUGGGUUUGUUUUGUCACCAAUGGCAAAGGCAACAGUAGCAGUUAUGGAACUCUGUCAAUAGCUGGCCCACCCAUUCUACAAGCCUCAAGUCCAAAUGUGGAAGCAAUUUCUGGAACAAUUAGCCUUGCAUUAAACGAUCUUCAAGAAAGCGAUAGCGGCAAUUACUCAGUCUCUGCUUUCACAAAACAUGGCAAAAGCUUUUACACCUUUGAAUUGAAAAUCUCAUCCAGGACAGACAUGACUCUUGUCAUAGUUGGUAUUAUUUGUGGGACACUGGCUGUGAUUAUAUUCAUCAUUUUCAUAAGUUGCUGUUUCUUUUGUUCCCAACAACAAAAACAUCACAGCAGCAUAAUAGACACUCCCAUGAGCACACCAAGAACAAGAAUAUUUAGUAUUCCUAAAAAAGUUUCCUUGGACUAUCCAACUUCAGAUUUGGAAUUGGACAUUUAUGAGGAAAUUGAUGACUGGAACAGCCAUGACUUGAAGAAAAAAGAAGAUGGUUAUCUAAAUCCAGCAAUGAUUCGCUAUGCCGGUGAUCCUGUCAAAAGCACAAGGAUGAUGGAAUCCCAGCCAAAGAAUGAAAUUUCAAAUUUUAAAUAUGCCAAUCAUUUAACCUGA